UUCACCCAGGAUCAAUUGUUUCUGGUUACGCUCAAGACUGCUUCAGCCAGAGACAGCACACUAGGUCACCUUGGAUAAAGAGCUGCUCUCAGGAGGACUUGUCACCCCCAAACGCAUACAGACGACCUUGUGGGCUCUGAAUUCAACGUGUUCUCCCCAGGAUGGAGAGGAUGGUGCUGAAGAUAUUGCUAAUGUGUGCUCUUGGGGUGAACCCCUGGACGUGUGCAGGUUUUCCGGUGUAUGAUUAUGACCCGUUCUCCCUGAGGGAAGCCCUCAACGCCUCUGUGGCAAAAGUGAACGCUCAGUCCUUGAGUCCCUAUCUGUUCCGGGCAUUCAGAAGCUCAAUAAAAAGAGUCAAUAUCCUGGAAGAAGACAACGUGAGCAUGGAUAUAGAAUUCAGCGUUCGGGAGACGACGUGCAGGAGGGACUCUGGGGAAGACCCUGCCACCUGUGACUUCCAAAGGGGCUUCUACACNAAAUAA